UGUGUUGGCAACAUUGAAUAUUAAUUUUUCGCUAUUUCUAUUGAAAGUGAGAUUUCCGUGGUGUUUUUCGCGAUGAAUAUUUAGAUAUGUUUCGUUCAAUAUAAUCAUUAAAUUGCUUUAAUUAGGUUUAAAAUCAAAGAUAAUCAAAAUACCAUUACGUAUUUCAUACUUACUAGUGUAUUUAGUUCGUGCUCUCGGUACGGUCUGCAAAUUGCCAUAGGUUAUGUUAUGCCCUCUUCCUUUGCAGGUUAACCACCACCAGCAUGGAUCCGAACAUCUAUGCAUUAGUUCUGGACACCCUCAACAGGGCCACUAGUCAGGAUCCAGAAGUACUGAAGCCAGCCGAGAAGAAGCUUCAAGAAUGGGAGAUAGAGCCUGGCUACUAUUCUGUGCUUUUGAAUGUUUUGUCAAACCAUUCGAUCGACUUAAACGUAAGAUGGCUGGCGGUGAUGUGCUUCAAGAAUGGUGUAGAUAGAUAUUGGAGACGGAAUGCGCCUAACGCAAUCACAGACGAAGAGAAACAGAAGUUACGACAGGGGUUACUCACAACUAAUAUAUUCGGAGAGCCAAUCGCACAGAUAGCUACACAACAAGCUGUUUUGAUCUCUAAAGUAGCUAGGUUUGACUGUCCAAACCAUUGGCCCAGUCUGGUACCAGAGAUUGUAGGUGCAUUGAAAGCACCACAGCCCCUAGUCCAGCACAGAUCUUUGCUGAUCUUCCACCAUGUCGUUAAGGCAUUGGCUUCUAAGAGGUUGUUGGAGGACCAGAUGACUUUCCAGGAACUAACAAACUCAGUAUACUCCUUUGUUCUGAACCUGUGGCAUGAGAACACUGAACUGUUCCUGCGUCACAUCCAAGAAGGAGCGGCGACUGAAUUAAUAACAGAACAUCUGGAGAAAGCAUUGUUGUGUCUGAGGAUAUUGAGGAAACUCACCGUGUUCGGGUUUAAGAAACCACAUGAGAGUCAGGAUGCCAGUGCGUUCUUGAAUGUAGUGUUCGAUCGGGCCAAGACCAGUUUGGAAUGCAGAAAACUUCUCAAAGGCCGCGGCAUAUACCCACUAGAAUUAUGCGAAAAAUUCAUAAUUCACCUCACGAAAGUAGCUCUAGGUGUUCUGUGCACACAUCCAUUCUCCUAUGUGCCUCUUAUUAGACCGUCUCUGGAGUUCGCUUUGUACUACUGCUUUACUGAGCAAGGCAUGGCGUUGACAUACGAGAGGUUCACCAUACAGUGCCUGAACAUAGUAAAGGGAAUAUUGCAGUGCACUGAAUAUAAGUUACCGAAGAAGACAGAACAAACUACAGACCCUAUGACGAUUCAAGCUUACGAGACGAAAAUGGAGGUGCUGGACGAGAACACAGCCUGCCACAUGUGCAGGCACCUUGUGACGCACUACUUCCUGCUCAGCGCUGAUGAUCUCGCGCUGUGGGACGCGGAGCCGGAGAGCUUCGCCACCGAUGAGUCCGGCGAGUCGUGGAAGUACAGUCUUAGGCCAUGCACAGAAGCCCUGUUUAUGAGACUGAUCAGGUUCCGCAAGGUCUUAUCCACCGAGCUGGUCCGAAUGUUGGCUUCCCUGCAGCAGCAACAGAUAUCGCCCGAUGAUCUGCCUGGUAUACUCAAGAAAGACGCCAUUUACAACGCUGUUGGUUUGGCAGCAUUCAAUUUGUAUGACCAUGUCGAUUUCGACGAAUGGUUCACGAAUGUUCUAAGUCAAGAGUUGAAAAUACAAGACAAUAAUUACAGGAUUAUCAGGCGGCGUGUUUGUCAGUUAGUGGGUCAGUGGUGCGGCGUGCGCGCAUCGAAGUCGUUGCGGCCGGCGAUGUACUCGGCGCUGCUGGAGCCGCUCACGCGCGCGCGCGAGGACGCCGCCGUCAAACUCGCCGCCGCCGAGGCUCUGCGCACCACCAUCGACGACUUCAACUUCGACAUCGACCAGUUUGCGCCGUACGCCUCGCUCGCUAUAUCUGCGCUCUAUGAUCUCCUGGUGUCGAGCGAGGAGUGCGAGACGAAGAUGCGCGUGCUGGUGGUGGUGUCGGGCGUGACGGAGCAGUGCGGCGCGGCGGCGCGGGCGGAGGCGCGCGCGGUGCUGGGCUGGCUGCCGCGGCUCUGGGCGCACGCCGCCGACCACCAGCACCACAUGCUGCGCGCCGCCGCGCUCUCCACCAUCGUGCAUCUGCUCAAGGCGAUAGGCGAGUGUUCGGCCGACGUUCGACCGUGGAUCCUGAGCAUAGUGAACGAGUCGACCACACUCUCGGAGCCGGCGCACGUGUACUUACUGGAGGACGCGUUGGAGCUGUGGCUUGCGAUACUGGAGACCACGCAGGUGGCAGACCCGGCCACGUUGCAGCUGGCUGAUAAUCUAUAUCCUAUUUUGGAACAAUCAUCAGAGCACCUACGCAUCGUAGUUCACAUAAUGCAAGCGUACACACUCCUAUGCCCCGAAGAGUUCCUAUCCGCCGCCGGUGGUAAAUGCGUGGCGUUGCUCGAAGACAUGCUAAGCGACAUGCGAACGGAGGGUAUCAUCACAGUCAUGCGAAUGGCGGAGAUCUGCAUCAGCGUGACGUUCCCGGAGAGGAACGCGUUCCUUGGAGUUAAAGUCAUAUGGCCGAUAUUGAUUCGGGUUGUAAGGAGUUUACUAGAAGGCGAGGACAUGCCUCUGGUCCUGUCAGUGCAAUUAUGUCUCCUGUCUCGUGUGAUACUGCUCUCAACGGAUUUCUUCUACAAGGCGGUGCAGGAGGCUGCCAACGGGCUGACCCAGUACGACUCGGACCCUGAAAAAGUGCUGAACAAAGUGUUGCAAGUGUGGACUGAGAAAAUGAACCUUGUGACGCAGGUGGAAAGGUCAAAAGUUGUGGGUUUGGGUCUCGCGUCGUUACUGACUACACAGAACGCGGCGGUGUUGCAGAGGUUUCCCGCCAUACUCCUCAAUUUGACUGAAGUUCUCAACAAUGUGAUGAUCACGCCGUAUGCCGGGCUGUACGUAGAUGGGUUGGUGCCGGCGGCGCUGUCGCGGCCCGCGUCCCCGGAGCCCGGCGGCGGCGCGGGCGGCGGUGCAGGCGGCGGCGGCACGGGCAGCGGCUCCCUGCACGAGCUGCGCAAGCUGCGUCUGGCGCUCACGCACCCCGCGCACACCAUCGACCUCAGCGCCUACACGCACCACCAGUUGGAAACGUUAAAGAAUCAAGUUGGCGCGGAGACGUUCGAGCGACUGUUGCAGAGCACCGACCAGGAGACGUUGCAACAGAUAAGAGAGUAUAUACCGCUCUAAAUCUAGUUGUUAUGUUUAUAUAUUUAUAAGAUAAUUUAAGUACAUUGUUGAGAGAAAUGUUGAAGAGGGAGGGGAGAGUUUGACGUGAUCUGCCACUAGAUGGCGUUGUUACGUUCAAAUAUUUUUUGGUGAAUAUGAUUUUAAAUAUUUUAGGUAUGUAAAAUAUAUUUUUAUUUCGCUGUGCGUAAUACAGUAAUGGUUUUAUAUAAAUAAAAUGGAUGUUAUGAUUCAUCAAUUUCGAUCAAAUUCAAGAACAGAAAUUAUAUUGAUGUUAAUUUUUCACUUUAUUUUAGGUAUUCCUUGGGAAAGGUUAAAGUUUCUAUCAAAUUUGCUAACAUCCUGUAUUUUUUUUAACACAGUGGACCUAUAUGUCUUAUAAAAUUAGCUAUUGAUUUGCCAACCAGACAAAUAUUAAUGGCUAAUAUUUGUAAAGGCCUGGGUGGAAUUAAACUAUAUUUAGAUAGACUUCGAAAAGAGACGGAGUUUCUCAAUUCGACUGUAUUUUUUAUCUUCUUUGUUUGUUAACUCAGAACUUUGACUGGGUGAAUCGAUUUCAAUGAUUCUUUUUUUAUUUCAAAGCUGAUGCUUCCCGUCGGGUCCGAUAUAAACUUGACUUCGGAGAUAAAAAAAAACUCUUGAAAUGAUGACGUCAUAUACUUUCCGAUAAUUACGCCAUAUUUUUAACUGGAUAUAAGUAUGUAUUCAUACAUCUGAAAUGUUUGAAUAUCAUUAACGCACUAGUGUAGAUCACAAACAUCCCCUCCAUAUUAUUUCCAUAUAAUAAUGUACUAAGAUAUUAAUAAAUUAUUAUAUACCUUUGCUUUUUCCAAUCCCAUCGUAUUAAUCAAUGUUCGAGUCAUUGUUUAUAUUUGUACAUUUUGUAUUGCUUAUAUAUAAUUAAAUGAUUUCUCGCUUACACAUGAAUAAAAAAAUUGUAAAGUUAAUAGAUGUUAAAUAAGCAAAACUGUAAAAAACAUUAAAGAUUUUGACUAUGAAAAUUUGUCUACGUUGUUUCUUCGGUGAUCUAAAUUUUGCCGUCUAGUCUAUUUACGAAUAUGGCCAAAAUAUUAUUAUUGGUAAUUGAAAGUUAGGUAAAUUUAAUUGUAAUUAAAGCAAGAAUUAAAUGCGAGUAACAUGACG